AUGCGUGUUCCUGCCUAUCUUGGCGGGGGACUAGCGGCUGCAGGUUCUUAUGUGGCCUACAAAGUUGAUCAGGCUACCAGCUACACACAAUCGCAUCUUGACUCUGCUAAAGAAUUUGCCGGAAACGUAGCAAGCGAGGUUGGGGGUUUCUUCAAUGACAUGUUCUCCGGUUCUGGUGGCUCUUCAGGAGGCAAGGAUGGAGGGGAUACGGGAAUGGUCGCAGGGUCCGGAGCAGCUGCCGCAAUAGGUUUGGCUCAAGAUAACGAGGACGAUGAAGAGGUGGAUAUCCUCGACAACGAGGAAGAAGAGGAAGAAGACGCUCCGGACAACACUGACGAUGCGAUGCUAAAUCUCACGCGCCAAAUGAUUGAGAUCAGAAGCAUUUUGCUCAGUAUAGGGGGAUCUAAUGCUUUGCGACUCCCCUCGAUCGUGGUGAUAGGUUCACAGAGCAGUGGUAAAUCUUCUGUUCUUGAGUCCAUUGUGGGGCAAGAGUUCCUUCCCAAGGGGUCAAACAUGGUUACUAGACGUCCAAUAGAGCUGACACUGGUCAAUGACAGCACACUUGCGGCCGAAACAGCAGAGUUUCCUGCGCUAAAGAUGUACAAUAUGACAGACUUCCAACAAGUGCAAAAGGUGCUUUAUGAGCUCAACAUGAGCAUUCCUGAGACCGAAGCCGUGUCCAGCGACCCUAUCCAGCUUGUCAUAAAGUCCCCAAAGGUUCCAGACUUGUCAUUAGUGGACUUACCAGGUUAUAUUCAAGUCGAAGCCGCAGACCAGCCGGUCACCCUAAAAUCCAAAAUUCGUGAGCUUUGCGAUCGCUAUCUGGAGGAGCCAAAUAUUAUACUGGCUAUUAGUGCAGCAGAUGUGGAUUUGGCCAAUUCCUCUGCGUUAAGAGCUGCCAAAAAGGCUGAUCCUAAAGGAGAGAGAACGAUUGGAGUGAUUACAAAGCUUGAUUUGGUCGACUCCGAGACUGCUCGCAAGAUGCUCACCAACAAAAAAUACCCCUUAAAGAUGGGAUAUGUGGGUGUUAUUACGCGACCUCCCCCAUCGACAUCCUUGUUUCGUCGUCAGAGUGGGGCACAGGCGUUUGUUGCACAGCAGAAUUUUGAAAAAGCCUACUUUAAAGAGCACAAAGAUUCAUUUAUAGGCACGACAGUCUCUACAAAGGCACUGAAGAAAAAGCUGAUGAAGGUGCUUGAGCGCUCAAUGGCCAAUUGCCUCAGGCCAAUGCAUGUUGUCGUUUCCAACGAGCUUGAGGAGGCCAGUUACAAGUACAAGGUCGAGUUUAAUGACAGAGACCUAACGAGUGAGAAAUACAUGGCACAGACGAUAGACAAUUUGAAACUGGCCAUUAAAGAGUUUAGCGAGCGGUUCGGAAGACCAGAAUUACGUGCGCUACUAAGAAGCGAGCUCGAUCAAAAAGUUCUUGACCUCAUUGCACUGAGGUACUGGAACAAGCCUCCAGUGACAAACAAAAACAAGGAGAGCGAGAAUGAGCCAUCGCUCGAUGAACUUGCGACUGCACCUCCCAAUGACACCUUCUGGCAUCGCAAGCUCGAUAUUGCGACAGCAAGUUUAACCAAGCUGGGAGUUGGACGUCUUGCUACCUCUUUGAUUUCCGACGCCAUUUUGACGGAAAUUGACGUUCUUCUGGAUAACACAGACUUGCGCUCGCAUCCGAUGAUCAAAAAUGCUAUCAAGGAUGCCGCUGUUUCGGUAUUAACCACGAGAUACAAUUCGACUGCUGAACAGGUGGAAAAUUGUAUCAAGCCUUAUAAAUACGAGAUCGAGGUGGAUGACAGAGAAUGGGCUCUCAGUAGGCAGCACGCAACGAUGCUCCUGAAAGAAGAGCUCAAACAAUGUACUUCAGCUUAUAACCAGUUGAAAAAGACGUUAGGAGGUAACAAAUUGAAACAAAUCACAACUUACUUGGAGAACGAAAACAAUCUUGUUGGUCAGACGAUUGCUAAGGAAAACCUUGGAUUUAGCCCAGGCCUCCUUUCACGUGGACGAGAGGCGUUGUUUUUGAAGGAGCGUUCCAGAUUACUGGCCAUGAGACUCAAGUUUUUGCAGUCGGGCUGCAAGUCGAAAGAUAACAAGUAUAAAUGCCCAGAAGUGUUCAUGGACUUGGUAGCAGAAAAACUGACACAAACGGCAGUUCUCUUUUUGAACGUUGAGCUAUUGAGCGACUUUUACUAUACUUUCCCUCGGGAGCUGGAAAAGAAGCUUGGAAAGAGCUUGACACCAGAACAGAUUGAGCAGUUUGCAAAAGAAGAUCCUAAAGUGAAGAAACAUAUUGAGUUGCAAGAACGCAAGGAGCUUUUAGAUUUGGCUCUGUCAAAAAUUGAAGAUGUCAUGGCUCUUCAAAAACGAAUUGUAUAA